AUGCGUCUACUUCGAAGAAACAUGUUAGUAUUGACACUGCUCGUUUGUGUGUUUUCAUCCAUCAUUUCAUGCUCAAUCCCAUUGUCGUCUCGCACCUCAAGGCGGCAGAUAGUGGAAGAUGAAGUUGCCUCCACUAAAAAGCUCAAUUUCAACUAUGGUGUGGAUAAAAAUAUAAACUCGCCCAUUCCUGCUCCAAGAACCACUGAAGGUUUACCAAAUAUGAAACUCAGCUCAUAUCCAACUCCUAACUUAUUGAAUACUGCUGAUAAUCGACGUGCUAACAAAAAAGGACGUAGGGCUGCCAAUUCUAUAAGUGUACCCUAUUUGGAGAAUCGUUCCUUGAACGAACUGAGUUUAUCAGAUAUACUAAUCGCAGCCGACGUUGAGGGUGGACUUCAUGCUGUAGAUAGAAGAAAUGGUCAUAUCAUAUGGUCAAUCGAACCAGAAAAUUUUCAACCUCUGAUAGAAAUACAAGAACCUUCGAGGUUAGAAACAUAUGAAACGUUGAUUAUAGAACCUUUCGGUGAUGGGAACAUUUACUACUUUAACGCCCAUCAAGGGUUACAAAAACUGCCUUUAUCCAUACGACAACUUGUAUCAACUUCCCCGCUGCACUUGAAAACAAAUAUUGUGGUUAAUGACUCUGGAAAAAUUGUUGAAGAUGAAAAGGUCUACACUGGAUCGAUGAGAACUAUAAUGUAUACUAUAAACAUGUUGAAUGGUGAAAUUAUAUCAGCGUUCGGACCUGGUUCAAAAAACGGGUAUUUCGGGAGCCAGAGUGUGGAUUGCUCACCUGAGGAGAAGAUAAAACUUCAGGAAUGUGAAAAUAUGAUUGUAAUAGGCAAAACUAUUUUUGAGCUGGGAAUUCACUCUUAUGAUGGAGCAAGCUACAAUGUCACUUACUCUACAUGGCAGCAAAAUGUUUUAGAUGUUCCCCUAGCGCUUCAGAAUACAUUUUCAAAGGACGGCAUGUGCAUAGCGCCUUUCCGUGAUAAAUCAUUGCUAGCAAGCGAUUUAGAUUUUAGAAUUGCUAGAUGGGUUUCUCCGACAUUCCCCGGAAUUAUUGUUGGGCUUUUCGAUGUGUUUAAUGAUCUCCGCACCAAUGAAAAUAUACUGGUACCGCAUCCCUUUAAUCCUGGUGAUCAUGAAAGUAUAUCGAGUAACAAAGUUUACUUGGAUCAGACUUCGAACCUCUCCUGGUUUGCAUUAUCUAGUCAGAAUUUUCCAUCUUUAGUCGAAUCAGCUCCCAUAUCAAGAUACGCUUCCAGUGACCGUUGGAGGGUGUCUUCAAUUUUUGAAGAUGAGACUUUAUUCAAGAACGCAAUCAUGGGUGUUCAUCAGAUAUAUAAUAAUGAAUAUGAUCACCUUUAUGAAAACUAUGAAAAAACGAAUAGUUUGGACACUACGCACAAAUAUCCACCUCUGAUGAUUGAUUCGUCCGUUGAUACAACCGAUUUACAUCAGAAUAACGAGAUGAAUUCACUAAAGGAAUACAUGUCACCAGAAGACCUUGAGGCAUAUAGAAAAAAGAUACACGAGCAAAUAUCGAGAGAAUUAGAUGAAAAGAACCAAAAUUCUUUGCUACUGAAGUUUGGAAGUCUAGUAUAUCGAAUUAUAGAGACUGGAGUAUUUCUGUUGUUAUUUCUCAUUUUUUGUGCAAUACUACAAAGAUUCAAAAUUUUGCCGCCACUAUAUGUAUUAUUAUCCAAAAUUGGAUUUAUGCCUGAAAAGGAAAUCCCCAUAGUUGAGUCGAAAUCGCUAAAUUGUCCCUCUUCAUCGGAAAAUGUAACCAAGCCAUUCGAUAUGAAAUCAGGGAAGCAAGUUGUUUUUGAAGGUGCUGUGAACGAUGGAAGUCUAAAAUCUGAAAAAGAUAACGAUGAUGCUGAUGAAGAUGAUGAAAAAUCACUAGAUUUAACCACAGAAAAGAAGAAGAGGAAAAGAGGUUCGAGAGGAGGCAAAAAGGGCCGAAAAUCACGCAUUGCAAAUAUACCAAACUUUGAGCAAUCUUUAAAAAAUUUGGUAGUAUCCGAAAAAAUUUUAGGUUACGGUUCAUCAGGAACAGUAGUUUUUCAGGGAAGUUUUCAAGGAAGACCUGUUGCGGUAAAGAGAAUGUUAAUUGAUUUUUGUGACAUAGCUUUAAUGGAAAUAAAACUUUUGACUGAAAGCGAUGAUCACCCUAACGUCAUACGAUACUACUGUUCAGAAACAACAGACAGAUUUUUGUAUAUUGCUUUAGAGCUCUGCAAUUUGAACCUUCAAGAUUUGGUGGAGUCUAAGAAUGUAUCAGAUGAAAACCUGAAAUUACAGAAAGAGUAUAAUCCAAUUUCGUUAUUGAGACAAAUAGCGUCCGGGGUAGCACAUUUACAUUCUUUAAAGAUUAUCCAUCGAGAUUUAAAGCCUCAAAAUAUUCUCGUUUCUACUUCGAGUAGGUUUACUGCCGAUCAGCAAACAGGAGCAGAAAAUCUUCGAAUUUUGAUAUCAGACUUUGGUCUUUGCAAAAAACUAGACUCUGGUCAGUCUUCAUUUAGAACAAAUUUGAAUAACCCUUCUGGCACAAGUGGUUGGAGGGCCCCAGAGCUGCUUGAAGAAUCAAACAAUUUGCAGUGCCAAGUCGAAACGGAACACUCUUCUAGUAGGCAUACAGUAGUUUCAUCUGAUUCUUUUUAUGAUCCGUUCACCAAGAGGAGGCUAACAAGAUCUAUUGAUAUUUUUUCUAUGGGAUGUGUAUUCUAUUAUAUCCUAUCCAAAGGGAAGCAUCCAUUUGGAGAUAAAUAUUCACGUGAAAGCAAUAUCAUAAGAGGAAUAUUCAGUCUUGAUGAAAUGAAAUGUCUACAUGAUAGAUCCUUAAUUGCAGAAGCUACAGAUCUGAUCUCCCAAAUGAUUGAUCACGAUCCGUUAAAAAGACCUACUGCUAUGAAAGUUCUAAGGCAUCCGUUGUUUUGGCCAAAGUCGAAAAAAUUGGAGUUCCUUUUAAAAGUUAGUGAUAGGCUUGAAAUUGAAAACAGAGACCCUCCAAGUGCCCUGUUAAUGAAAUUUGACGCCGGUUCUGACUUUGUAAUACCCAGUGGAGAUUGGACUGUCAAGUUUGAUAAAACAUUCAUGGACAACCUUGAAAGGUACAGAAAAUACCAUUCAUCAAAGUUAAUGGAUCUAUUAAGAGCACUUAGGAAUAAAUAUCAUCAUUUUAUGGAUUUACCUGAAGAUAUAGCAGAACUAAUGGGGCCGGUACCCGAUGGAUUUUACGAUUACUUCACCAAGCGUUUUCCAAACCUAUUAAUAGGUGUUUAUAUGAUUGUCAAGGAAAAUUUAAGUGACGAUCAAAUUUUACGUGAAUUUUUGUAUUCAUAA